GUGUGGCUGGCCUGCGCGGGCCCUGAUUUCCGAAAUGGCAACGGAUUUCAAAUUAAAAAAACGGGCGGGCCGGGGAUGACGGCCAGCCAUGCAGGGGUGAUCCAGCCAAGCACGGGCAGGCUGGGGCAGCAUAUGAGCGUACGUGCAGAUCCCGUCAGCCCAAAGCGUUGUCCUCAUGCCGAGUACUGGGAUGCGAAGGUGCGUUUGGAGUGCAAUGCCAUCGCUGAGGAGCAUUAUAGGCACUGGGCGCGGGGUCUGUGUCCGGCGAGAUGGUUUUUGGCAGUGUCAUCGGCCAGGAGUUCCCAACCGUCACACGAGAUGAACUCCAGCACCACCACUCUGUCCACCAGGCGAUCACCUUCCACGAUGGACGCCGACAGACGCGACAUGGACAAUGCAUGGACGCCGCAUUGUGGGACUUCUGUCCCGUCAGGGUUCGACAGCGAUGCCGCAAACGACUAUGAUGGUCAAGCGUGCGAGGAUAUGGAGGAUGGCACCGGUAAUGGAGAUGGAGAUGAUGUUGACGAUGAUAGUGGCGAUGGAGGUGGUGUUCCAGAAACGGACAAAGCUAGUGAUUCCAACGGGAGAAACAAUGGUAGACGUGGGAAGGAGCGGUAUGUGUGGGUGACCGAUCACAUGACAUCCGAGGGUUAUCCUCAGAGAAUUGUGGAGGAUUGCCGUAAGAAGUGGUCGUCCAUGUUGUCGAAGGCGAAGCUCAUCCUUGACAAGUGCGAGAAUGCGUCGGGCCUGCCGUCGUACUGGGACACAGACUUGGAGAAGCGGAAGGACCUGCAGGUGCCUUUCGCCUUCGAGAAAUUGUUGUGGGAUGCCAUGCAAUGGAAACUGAACAAACUAUCCAUGACGUGCGACCAGCCAUUGGGCUCUGAGGACCUGCCGGGAGCGGGAGAAGGAACGCUGCCUUCGGGGAGAAGUGGAUCCGAAAAAAGCGGGUCUGAGGCAAGAGGAACGAACGGCUCAGAAGGCGAAGCGAAGAUGCGAAGAACGCCGUCAGGGAAAACUAGGAUGGACGACGUAGGGACCGGUAGAUCGACUUUGGCGAGGGCAAUGGAGGAGUCGACACGAUCCUACGGCGAUGGUCUUGACAAGGCCGCUUCUACAUUGGCCAAGGCAACCUCGGAUGUCGGGACUACGAUGGCGGCAAAGAUCGGUGAUGUGGCGGAGGCGAUAAGGGGAGGGAACACUGUCCUCGAGAUGCUCGUAUCUCUAUCCCAGGCGGAGCACCUCACCCGGUGGGUCCGCCACACUGGUAUCAGAGCAGGAACGUUCCCCGCUCCCACCCACCAUACCACAUAGCAGGAAAAACUGCAAAACCCGACACACGGUUUUUUGGUUGUUUUUCGGCUGUUUCGAGCGAAAAACAGCGGAA